UUUGACAGACGUGAUUCAGUGUGUACACAAAAUUAUUUUGUGAUUCUACGAAUUUUAUUUGUAAAUUCCCAAAAAAUUAAUAAAAUUUGCACAUAUUAAAGCUUAAACUAAGCAAAAAACUUAACUUUAAGUAAAAAUGCUUUAAAUGUAAUAAAAAUAUAAAAGAAUAAUGUAAAGCAAAUCAAUGAAAUUUGCAAAUAUCAAACAAAAAAAACUUUCACACUGUACUUGUGUUUUUUCCUACUUCGAUUUAAUGAGUGAAAAAAAGAAGAAGCAGUAGUAAUACAAAAAGACAAAAACUGCAACAAAAGAAGAGAGGAAAACAAAAGGCGUUCCAAAUGAGUGACCAAUAUAUGAAAGAAUUGCUGCGUGUGGCAGUGGCACAAAUUUGUCAAACUAUAGGCUAUAAUGCCACACAAUCAGCACCAUUGGAACUACUACAAGAUGUUUUGGAUAAAUUUAUGAGGGAAUUUACCAGAGAUUUAAGGCGCCAAGUAGAACAUUACAACCGCACCGAGGCCAAUUUAAAUGAUGUGACCUUGACCUUGAGCAGCAUUAAUGUUAAUUUAAAUGAAUUACUGGAUUAUAUUAACAAUGUGGAGCCGGUACCGUUUGCUUUGGAUGUGCCCAAAUUUCCAGCUCGUAAAGAUUCUGCUUUGAAUUUCUUAAAACCGGGUAGUAAAGAGGUGUUGACAAGACCGGUACAUGUACAUGCACACUUGCCGCCUAUGCUGCCGCCAGAAAUAACACAGCAGCCAGCAGAACCACUAGCUUUGGCUGGCAGCAGCAGUAACAGCGGUUCAAAUAGUAAUUUAAGCGAUUCAAAAACUUUUCAAGAUAAUUUAACUGCUUCAGCAAAUAACGCCAAUGGAGAAGCAACUAAUGAAAACUCGGCAAAAUCACUAAAUUCUUCUACUGUUUUGGAUAAAACUACUUUACACUCUUUAUUUAAACCAAGCACAAAUCUUGAAGAUGGCGAAAGACCUACCCGUGAGGUUAGUAGUGUGGUCAUGACCACUGGCGGCUAUAUAUCACCAGCUGUAGAGGGUAAAAUGCCAGAAGCUAUAGUACCCGAUAUAAUAGACAAACUACUGGGUCUUGAUGCGCCACCACCACCUCCACCGCCCCCUGCUCCACCCACACAAUCCCGACCUGCUUCACGUUCUGCAAACUCUACGCCAAAUCCUCUUAAUAACGAAAACUCUUCUGCACUAGCGGAAAAAGAUGGCGGCGAACGAGAAAUUGCAACCACCACCAGUAAGGAAUCUAAAAAACAAGCUUUGGCACGCAGCCUCGAACCACAGCCAGUGACACAUAAGAAAACUGAACUUUUGGCAGAUUUGCCAAAUAUGAAAAAACAUAAAUUAUUUAAUGCUUCCGGUGGUAAAAACUUUCACCCUGAUUUACAGCCUCAGCCGGUCGGUAAUUUCAAUAAAAAAUCCUUUAUGAUGCAUCAAAAUAAUUCCGGCGCUCUGCAAACACCUCAAACCAAUUAUGCUAAUAUGCUUUUAAAGAAAGCCAAAAAACAAAAGGUUCCCCUUUUAACAGGCCAGCCCUUAAAUGAGAAACAUGCCAAACCUUUAGGCGAUAAAAUGGGAAAAAUGGAUGCUGCCGAUAAGGCUCACCGCAAGUACAUGAAAAUGUUACAAAAAAUGGCUAAACAGGGUAAAAUACCACCUGAAUUGUUAAGUAAUAUCAUGGGACCCGAUAAAAAAUCCAAACAAAUUAACCCGGCCAUAGUGGCUAGCAUGCCACCGGGUCCAGAGAGACUGCAGUUGGAGAAAUUGCUACGAAAACAGGCCAAACAAAGGCAAAAACUGAUGAAACAGCAAAUGUUAAUGGAGGUACAAAAACAAUCGAAAAAACCUAUACAACAACCACCACCUUUGGUGCCCAUAUUUCCGCCACGUAUGUCUGAAGCAACAAGCAAACCUUUAGCUUUAGAUAUGGACGAACAAAAGCUUAAAAUGGAAGGCAAAGAUAUGACAAAUGUGUCACCGGUAAAACCACAAUUUACUCCCAAUAUUGUUAGCAAUACUACGCCAACAGGACAUCAGUUACCGGAGGCCUUAGUAAAUAAAUUCCAUAAAACCCCUAUUGCAAAUGAGGCACCUCCCAUUGAGCUUAUGGAUAACAAUGCCAAACCUUUAUUAACAGCAGAUGGCAAAGAAUUGAAGUUAUCCAAUGAACCAGAUCGCUCUAAGCUGAAUAUAUUCAAAAAGAUUUCCAAACAAAAAACCCCCAAACCCUCCUCACCCACACCCAUGCGUUUGCCAGGACUUAAUGAUACACCCAUAAUAAAUUUGCCCUCGGGUACUACAAUAACACCGGCGCCAGGACCCUCCCAGCCCGCGAAUGCAUCCGCACCUUCCUUGGGACGUAAUCUAUUCCCUCCUCUAAAUGAUACCAACAACACAGCUCUCAAUAGCGGCAAUAUUAUUAAUGUAGAUGAUAUCAAAGACAAACCUGUGGCGUCAACCCCUACAAACCAAAUAAAUCCCCAACAACCCGCCGAUUUAAGUCUGCUUAAUCGUGUGUUUGGUGAAAAACCCCCCGAAGUGGAGUUGAUAAAUAAGCCCAAGAAACGUGGACGUAAACCGGGUAGUAAAAAUUCACCCAAAAUUCCAGGACAAUUUCCCAAUAGUAUGCUAAAGAAAAACAGCAAGAAAAUGAAGCUGGAUAAUAGCCAUCUAUUCCCAGGGCAAAUACCUUCACAACUACCGCCGGGUUUUGGUGCUGCCGGUGGUAUGGGUAAUUUAUCUUUCGAUAAUAUGGCUCAGUUGUUUGGCAAUCCCUUAAAUCCUCUAGAAUGGGCUCAAAAUAAACACUUGCAACAGCAAAUGAUGAUAAUGGCGGGUGCCAAAGAGCGCAAGGAACAUAAGAAAAAAUCUAAACUACUUAAGCAAGAUCUCUUAAAUAAUGACAACAGUAUGGCUUCUCUUAAUAUGACAAAUCCAGCUACUAACAUGGCAGUACCUACCAACGAGGAGGUGCAAUCUAUCAACAAAAAACUUAUGCGCAUGGAUACUAUUUUAAAAGCGGCACCCUCCUCGUCUUCAACUACAGAUUUAUCGGUUGAUACCAGUUUGAUAACGGGCAAAAAAUUACCCUCACCCGCUAUUUUCCCUUCUGUCGACUCUUCCGCCUCCUCUACGUCACCCCUUAAAUCACCUGGUAAUUCUAAGCGUUUGUUGGCCGGUGCUGAGGCCAUGGCUAGCAGUUUGGUACAACCUUUUAUGCUGCCCAAUCGUCCAGCCUUUCCCAAUUUACCCACUAACAUGCUGUCCAUGCUACAGUUUCCAUUUCCUCCUCGUCCUGGUUUAAUACCUACACCGGGUCUAUUUCCCACACCUGGAUUGGGAGCAUUUCCCAAUAAUCCCAAAAAUCCUCUAUUGCCUGGACUCUUUCCAUUUCCGAAUCUUAAGCAGCCAAUGGGUAGUGAGAAUGCUGCUGUAAAUCAAGAUACAGAAGAUUUAACAACAGACAAGAAGAAAUCUGACACAAAUAUACAAGCAGCUGAACGCAGUUAUUGUAAUGUUGCCCCCUUGGUACCCGAUUUCCUGACAAAACUAAACGAACAGCAGCAGCACUCUGGCGGCUGUGGAAAUAAACAUUCGCACGAGCCGCCCCACGCUCAUGAACCCGAUUUACCUAAAACUCCCAAACCACGUAAUUCACAUUCAAAUACUCUGACCCAUGAUAAUUUACUUAAGAAAAUGCAAGACGCCCAUACACCAGAAAGUGCUGGCGGCAGUAUAAGUGGCAAAUCAAUACCGUCAACACCGGGUGGCAUGUCUCUCAAUACCUUCGAGCAGCUAAUGAAAAAGAAUGAAAGUCCCAUGGAUUUGAUGGCGCUCAAUAAACACAAUAAGUCUUUGUCACAAUCGCAGGAAUCUGGUUUAGACUUCUCGAUGAAUAAAAAAUCAAAUCACAAUAUGGGAGGAGGAGGAGGAGGAGGUAAUAUGGGUGGUUUAAGCAUUAAAACACCCAUUACAUUAAAUAAUGAACCCAUUGAAGUAUCCGAUGAUUCAGAUGAAACAAAUCAACCACCACCACCACCGUCAACGGCUAAAACACAAGCCACAGCUACAACACAUUUACCCAGUCAGCCUUCACAAGCACAUGCAGCGUCAACACAUCACAGCAGCUUUAAUAUGGAUGAUAUGUUUGUGGCUAAUACCAGUAACAACAGUCAUAUGCCACCAAAGCCAUUAGAUACUGACUUGUCCACUAAAGAGCUUAAAAAGUUGAAAAAACAAGUGAAAAAAUCGUCCUCCAGUAUUAAUGCCACUUCCUUGAUAAGUGCAGACAAAUCUGAUGGAGGUCUAGCUACAGGAACAGGAAACGCAGGAGGUGUGGGAAAAUUAGCUGGCGGAGCUGAUCUAAUACCUUUGACUUCUACCGGUAUGGCGUAUUCAUCUAAAAAUAUACCCUACAAUAGUUUAACAGCCAAUGCAAAUCCCACUUUCAAUGCUCACAAAAACGAUUUUACCAACACCUCAGCAUCAACAUCAGCCGCUGCAGCAACCUCUUCUUCCUCUGUUUUUGACAAUCUAACAAUAACGGCCGCCAUUCCAUCAUCUUCGGGAGCCUCUUCCAGCACGGUAUACGACUUGCAAAAGAAACGCAAAGAACAUAAAAAACUUAAAAAGCUUAAAGAGCUAAAGGAGGGUAAAAUCAAAAAGAAAAAGGACAAAAAAGAUAAAAAUAAAAGUAAAGAAAAAGCUGAGAAAUAUUUGCUUACACACACGCAAAGUUCACCGGUCAAAGAAAAGGAACAACCCACUAUAGAAAUAAUACCAACGGCAGUGGCUCCUGCCCCGGUAAUGGCACACACCGCCACCACCAAUAGCAGCAACACUAAUUCGGAAAAAGUAAAAGAUAAAGAUUUAUUGAAAAAGUUAAAAAAGGAAAAGAAAAAAGAAAAACUACGCACGAAUUUAGAUGAUCAUCAUCAUUCAACACAACAAACUCCCAAUAGCUUGCAGCAGCAGGCCUCAGUUUCAAAUCCUUUAACAGGCAACACUAAAGAAACCAUUAGUUCAUCUUCAGCUACCGGCCCGCUAUCGUUGGAUAUAGAGCCAACGAAAAAACAAAAAUUAUCACCAGCAGCUUUAAUGCAUACCUCUUCAUCUGGCCAUGUACAUAAUGAAACGACCAGUAAUACGACGACUGCAACAGCGCCAGCCGCUAUUGUACCAAAAUUGACAUUAAAAUUAGGCUCUACACACUCACCCACACCGCCGCGCGAUGAUGGUCAUAAGAAUUCUUCUACGUCUGCGUCUUUAUCUUCAUCUGCUGCACCUGUACAACCACCACCACCAUCUGCAGUCUCAUCACCGCCAAGAGAACAUCAACGAGAACCGUCGCCGGAAUUGGCGCGUAUAUCACCUUUAGUGACGAGACCACCUAAACAUAAACUUAACACAAGUGGUGAAUUAUCAGCAAGUUCUUCUACAGCGUCCAAUAGCAUUUCGGCUGCGAAUGCGAGUUCUUUGGAAAUAGGCGAUGUUAGUAAGGCCAGCUCUGCCUCAAAUCCCAAUUUGAUAGUACCUCCACCCAGUCCAUGGCUAUCAGGUGGCACCAUAUCGGCCAGUUCGGUGCUGUUGCCACAUCAACUUUUACAAACAACUAAACAACAUGAUAUGACAACGGCGCCCUCAAGUACUGCACACCACAGUACAGAUACUGCCUCUAAGACAACCAACGCUGACAGACAAAGUCCUCUAACUCUAAUAACGGAAACAAGUCGUCCUUCUUCGUAUAUCAUGCUGAAGGAUGCUGAGGGCAAUCGAGUAUGGAUUUGUCCAGCCUGUGGUAAAGUUGAUGAUGGUUCGCCCAUGAUUGGUUGCGAUGGUUGUGAUGCCUGGUAUCAUUGGGUUUGUGUGGGCAUAUUUGUGGCUCCCAAGGACAAUGAAGACUGGUUUUGUCGUGUCUGCAUAACACGCAAAAAGGGCCUACAUGGCUCUGAUAAGAAACGAAAACGUAAUAAGAAAAAAUAAUUCUUUUACGUAAAUAUAUUUAGUUUUUAAGAAGUUGUAAAAUUGUUUUUUCAAUAUUAAACAAACAAAAAAUCGUUAAUAUACCCAAGUAGUAUAUAAAAAAAAUAUAAUUUAUAUUAUAACUCCGCGAAAAAAAGGACAAAAAAAAAGAAAAGUUGUUAUAAACGUAAGGAAAAGAAAUACAUGUAUUUGAUUUUCUCAUUAUAAGAAAUACAAAUUUAAAAGUGU